GGGCUGGUAGUAGGGGCCUACUAAAGUGGGCGUGGCUAGCUAGCUGUUACAGAUACUAUUAUGUGUAUCUAUGCUGUACUGGUCAAGAUGCUUGGUGUGUGUGGAGGAUCUGUGUUCAGGUCUUGUAGAGCGAGAGUCAGACAGCGGAGCAAUGGCGCUGCUGAGCCAUUUCUAAGCGGUUACUCUGGCACUUAUGUGGAGAGUAUGUAUGAGAGUUGGCAGUAAGACAAGAGUUCUGUGCAUAAAGUGAGUCUCUACCCAGUGUGUGUGUGUGUGUGUGUGUGUGUGUGUGUGUGUGUGUGUGUACUGUGUGGGUGUGUGUGUGUGUGUGUGUAGGGAUCAGGAGAUGUCAAGUAUCACCUCGGUACUUCAUUGGAGAGAGUCCACCGUUACACAUAAAAAAAGAUCAAACUCUCAGUGGUGGCUAAUCCCUCACACCUUGAAGCUGUGGACCCUGUCGUGCAGGGCAAGACACGUGCAGGGCAGUUCUAUAAAGGAGAUACAGCAGACACUGUGAUACACCAUUCUGAGAGUUUCAUUGGCAUAUGGAGACACUGUGGUAGUGGUACACCAUUCUGAGAGCUUCAUUGGCAUAUGGAGACACUGUGAUACACCAUUCUGAGAGUUUCAUUGGCAUAUGGAGACACUGUGAUACACCAUUCUGAGAGUUUCAUUAGCAUGUGGAGCUGCUCUGAGGCUGUGCAAAGUCAUCAUGGUGUACACUGUAUGUGGUUACAGCCAAGUUACCCAAUAUUGCUGUACAUGUAUCUACUACUCUUGCUGCUGUGCUUGAGGUCAAUUAGUCUAGUCUCAAACUGUUAUCUCCAUCAGCCAUUACUACUAGUACAUGUGUUGUGUUUAUGCAGCCCCUUGUCUCAUGUGUCCCCUGGUCAAGCCAGCUACACUGUGUGCAAUAGCUCUCUGAGUGAGUUUGGAGUGCUUGGGUUUGAUCUUGGCUUCUCCAUGAGCAACCCUAAUGCACUGGUGUGCUGGGAGGCACAGUUUGGAGACUUCCACAAUACAGCACAGUGCAUCAUAGAUCAGUUCAUCUGCUCUGGUCAGGACAAGUGGGUCUGCCAGAGUGGCCUAGUGCUGCUAUUACCUCAUGGGUAUGAAGGUAUGGGCCCUGAACACUCGUCAGCAAGAUUAGAGAGGUUCCUACAAGGUUGCUGUGAUAAUCCUGAUAGCAUUGAACCAUUGCACCCAGAGCUAGGACUGGACAGACCACUAGCUCAACUGUAUGAGUGCAACUGGCAGGUGGUCAACUGUACUACACCAGCUAAUAUCUUCCAUGCUCUGAGGAGACAAAUUCAACUACCCUUCAGAAAACCAUUGGUUGUCAUGACACCCAAGAGUCUGCUACAACACGCUGAUGCCAGGUCACCAAUCUCAGACAUGACAGAAGGUACAAUGCAUGUGCUGCAUGUGAUACUGUACAUGUUUAGGCUAACACAACCAACUGCUCUGACUACUAGUGGAUGCACCAGCUUUCAGAGAGUGUAUGUGGACAGGGAAUGUGGAGAAGGGGUCAAAGUUCAGCGUGUAUUAUUCUGUACUGGCAAGAUCCACUAUGAGCUGUAUAAAGAGAGACAGCGAUUAGGCCUCACCAAUAAAGUGGCCAUUAUCAGAAUUGAACAGAUAUCCCCAUUCCCAUACGACCUGGUGAUGAGUGAGUUGACUCGUUAUCCCUCGGCUGAGUUGAGAUGGGUACAAGAAGAACCUAAGAACAUGGGGGCGUGGUCUUAUGUCUAGCCACGCCUACACACGUCCACAUAUUCGUGAGGGUCAGUUGGACUGUUGGAUGCUCUGGCUCUAGACUGAGGAUGAUCAAACAUCCGCGAGGAACUGCGGGAAAUAGUCAACAGUGUCCUCAAGAGAUUCAAGAAAGAGGGACUAUGAUUAAGUCACGACUCAGCAAGCUACCUGCAAUGCACUUGGAUCAUUAUUUUCAUCACUCAAGCCGACGCCCAUCUGCCCGCCCACUCAUGUCGGACACCUCCAUUGGGGAGGACGGACAAUAAUUAUAAGAACUAUUACUUUUAGUUUGAAUCAAUAAUUAGUUGUUACUUUCUGUUGUUAAAAAAAUGUAUGUAGUCUCAUGAA